GCCGGCGGGGCGGGAACUGGCAUCCGGCCCGCUGCCCGCCCCGCCCGCUGCUCCGAGCCCCUGCCGCCGCCACCACCGGCGCCACUCAGAGCGCGAGCACAGCCAUGGCCGGAGCCGCCACGCUGGUCCUGCUCCUGCUGGGCCAGCUCCUGGCCGCCACCGGGAGCGAGGCACAGAAAGUGGGACCUCAAGGACCCCCUGGCCCCCAAGGGCCACCUGGAAAGCCAGGCAAAGAUGGCAUUGAUGGAGAAGUUGGGCCUCCGGGUCUGCCUGGGUCCCCGGGACCGAAAGGGGCCCCAGGGAAGCCGGGGAAGCCGGGAGAGGCUGGGCUGCCGGGACUGCCUGGCGUGGACGGCCUGACCGGCCAGGAUGGACCGCCCGGCCCCAAGGGCGGGCCUGGAGAGCGGGGAAGUCUGGGACCCCCGGGGCCUCCCGGGCUGGGGGGCAAAGGCCUCCCCGGACCCCCGGGAGAAGCAGGAGAGAGUGGCGUCCCAGGUGGAAUGGGUCUCCGGGGCCCCCCGGGACCCUCUGGACUACCCGGCCUCCCUGGCCCCCCAGGACCUCCAGGACCCCCCGGUCACCCGGGGGUCCUCCCUGAAGGUGCCACCGACCUUCAGUGCCCAGCCAUCUGCCCUCCUGGCCCCCCCGGCCCCCCAGGAAUGCCGGGGUUCAAGGGACCCCCCGGCUACAAAGGGGAGCAAGGAGAGGUCGGCAAGGACGGCGAGAAGGGCGAUCCUGGCCCCCCUGGGCCCGCUGGCAUCCCAGGCACUGUGGGGCAGCAGGGACCUCGGGGACUUCGGGGCCUGCCAGGGCCGGCCGGACCCCCAGGGGAUCGGGGUCCCAUUGGAUUCCGAGGGCCGCCAGGGAUCCCAGGAGCCCCGGGGAGAGUGGGUGACAGAGGCGAGAGGGGCCCUGAGGGUUUCCGCGGCCCCAAGGGUGACCUUGGCAGGCCUGGUCCCAAAGGCGUCCCUGGAGUAGCAGGCCCGGGUGGAGAGCCGGGUGUGCCGGGCAAGGACGGCCGCGACGGUGUGCCGGGGCUCGACGGUGACAAGGGAGAGUCUGGUCGCAGCGGUGCCCCAGGAGAGAAGGGUCCCAACGGGCUGCCGGGCCUCCCGGGACCAGCAGGGUCCAAGGGCGAGAAGGGAGAACUGGGCCGCGCUGGUGAGCUGGGAGAGGCCGGCCCCUCAGGAGAGCCCGGCGUCCCAGGAGACGUUGGCGUGCCCGGGGAGCGUGGGGAAGCUGGCCACAGGGGCUCGGCGGGGGCUCUGGGCCCACAAGGCCCUCCUGGAGCCCCUGGUAUCCGAGGCUUCCAGGGCCAGAAGGGCAGCAUGGGAGACCCUGGCCUGCUGGGCCCCCAGGGCCUUCGAGGUGGCACCGGGGACCGGGGCCCAGGAGGAGCCGCCGGCCCUAAGGGAGACCAGGGCGUCGCAGGUUCCGAUGGCUUUCCUGGGGACAAAGGAGAGCUGGGUCCCGGUGGUGCGGUCGGACCCAAAGGAGAGUCCGGCAGUCGAGGGGAGCUGGGCCCAAAGGGCAUCCAGGGUCCCAACGGCACCAGUGGCGUCGAGGGCCUCCCAGGCCCGCCCGGCCCCGUGGGCUUCCCAGGAGUACAAGGCCUGCCUGGCAUCACCGGGAAGCCCGGAGUCCCGGGGCGAGAAGCCAGCGAACAGCACAUCCGGGAGCUGUGCGGAGGGAUGCUCGGUGAACAAAUCGCACAGUUAGCCGCCCACCUGAGGAAGCCUUUAGCGCCCGGAUCUGCAGGCCGGCCUGGUCCAGCGGGGCCCCCAGGUCCCCCAGGUCCCCCGGGCUCCAUCGGCCACCCCGGUGCCCGAGGGCCCCCUGGAUACCGUGGUCCCACCGGAGAGCUGGGAGACCCGGGGCCCAGAGGGGCCCCGGGAGACAGAGGAGACAGGGGUGCGGCGGGCACGGGACUGGACGGGCCGGCUGGGGACCAGGGGCUGCAAGGACCGCAGGGUGUGCCUGGCGUCAGCAGAGACGGCCGGGACGGGGCCCACGGCGAGCCCGGGCCUCCAGGUGAUCCUGGCCUCCGCGGUGCUGUCGGCGCUCAGGGGACCCCCGGCAUCUGUGACACCUCAGCCUGCCAAGGAGCCGUGAUGGGAGGCAGCGGGGAGAAGUCAGGUUCUAGAAGUUCCUAAAACCUAACCGGAGGAAGCGAGAAGCCAGUGCCGACGCCAGCGGGGAGCCCCGGAAGGACGGGAGGAGCCGCAGUGCUCUGGGGGCGGGGGGCGGGGGGCGGCGACACAUGGCAUCCAGACGGCCCUCACGGCCCUCCUGGCCUCCCCUCGUGUUCUCAACGGCAGCGACCGGACACUUGGUCCCUGAGAGUGUCCUUCGUCGACCUGUUGUCCGGAGCCGUCCCUAGCGCAUUUACAACUGCCCGUCAGCGGUCACCGCGCACCUCAGACACAGGCCCAGGUGUGCCAGCUGGACCCCAGCCCUGAGAGGGGGACGGGGCACAUGCACGCGGAGGCCUGGAACGGCCGCCUGUCCGCACCACACUCGUGUGAGGACUGAGAGCGAAUCCCACUAAGACGGCAGACGGACCCAAGCGACCCCAGUCUAACAAAUAAAGGGUUUCAUGUACGGCACCCCCUCUACAUGGUCUGGUCUGAUUUACCUGCUUCUUUCGUGUGCAAACUGUCUCCGAGUAAAUGUUUCUUGAAGGGGAGUCUGUACCGCGAGCAAACCCACUAUUAUGUGUUGUGAUAAAUAAAGCCACUCGUGUGAAAACCUCAGUUCCAAACACUAGUUUAUUACACACCAAGUAAUGACUCUGAAUAUGAAAAUGAAGGCAUUGAAGGAACCCACGGUGACAAUAUCUCCUUUACGGGCAAAAGUGGCUUCAAAGGGAGUCUCUGGAAAAUGUCCAGCGACAAGGCUGGACACAGACCGCGUCACAGAACACGGUCCCGUGUCACCGGAAGUCAGCAUGGGGAG